AUGGUCAGACCGAGAUCGAACACUCCGGUGAUCGGGGUGUUGGGUUUCGUUCUACUACUCGUCUUCCUAUACACUUCGACACGGAACGGUUCGCAGGCAAGCGAAAAGAUUGGAACUCAUCCUGGACAAUCAGAUGCGUCACAUAUCGACCCCAUCAUCGAUUUGUCCCGUUUAAUUCCAACAACAAGACGUGUGGCCGGUCUUUGGGGAUAUAACGUGUUUGAUAAUCUAUACAUCAGCGAAGGCUCAUAUAUAGCGGUCUCGGACGACUUGGAGAACACUCCUGAUCACAAAGAGGUUGUAGGACCUGGCGAGGUGACGUUCAGCAGGAUCGGCACAGCCGAGGCCGAAGACGAUCUUGGGACCGUGGUCGGCAGAUUGUCAGGAACUACGUUCAUCUUCAACGAUCCGCCAGGACCAGAUGGUUAUAUGAUCUAUCACAACAAUUUCUUGACCGAGCUCUUCACCGGAGGCUGGAAAGCAUUAUCGCUCGCUCCUCCCCAUUCGCUUCACAUCAACGGCUCAAAAUCUGCUUUCAAUGAACCUGGUGUCGAACUCAAUACUUUGCAGACCGGGAACCUGCCAGACCUCCCUUCGAGAUGGAUGUUCCCCAAAUGCGGCGAAGACGCGACAUGGAACGACGGGGACAGCAAGAACGUACGGUUUCUGGCUAGUGUUGCGCCAGGAGCGACUUUCGAGGAGCGUAACGUCUUGAAACUCCUUUCGCUAGCGGGACAGACGGUCAUGCUCGAUCGAGCGGUCAUCGUGGACCGAAAGGCUGCACAUGCCGCCAGGGGCUUAGCUGAUCAAUGGGGAAAGAUGAAUGCGGUAAUCGCACCAAUGCCAGCUCGGCUUGAUUUUAUGGAUCCCGUCCGCGAGAACGUGAUUGCCGGACUGCAAGCAUAUAUCGCGCCUGUCGACAAACCGGUCGUCGUGUAUGUCGACAACCAGGGAGAACAUCGAAAACUCGCAAAGGGCGACCACGAAACCCUUAUAGAAGCCCUACAUACAUUGACGGAUGUCGCAGAGGUGCACGUCAGCCAACUCAAGCAGAUGGAUCCCAAGACCCGUCUCGAGCUGCUUUCUAGAGCUAGCAUCAUCCUGUCUGUUCAUGAUGAAAAGUUGAUCCAGGCGAUGUGGAUGCCUGCGACAACCUUUUCAUCGGUCAUCGAAAUCUUGGAUGAAGGGGGUUUCGCACCCGAUUGGUAUGUGUUCUCGACCCUGCUGGGUCACUAUUAUUACCCGAUCCACAACGAUCAUGUCUUUGAAAAGCCCGAAAAGCGGGUGACGACCCCAGGUUUCGAUGCGGGAUCAAUCCGCGUGGAUGGACACUUUGUAGCUGCACUGAUAAGAGAUAUCAUUGUGAACCCCGCAGGCGGUGGGAGCCGGUGA